AUGGAAAUCCACUUGACAACCCACGUAUUACUCCUCCUUUCCCUAAUCCUCUUAGCUUUCAUCUCCUUCAUCUCAAUCUAUCUACUCCUCUUCUCCUCACCCAUACAGCAAUUCCCACAAAAGAAGCCCUACUACCCGCCAGGAUUGCAGCCCUACCCCAUCAUCGGCCACCUCCCCCAAUUCCUCUGCAACCGCCACCGCUUUCUUGAGUGGUCCACGGAACUCCUCGCCGCCUCUCCUACCAACACCUUCAUCUUCCACCGCCCCGGCGGUAUCCGUGGCGUCAUCACAGCGAACCCGGACAACGUCGAGCACAUGCUCAAAUCUCACUUCGAAAACUUCCCCAAAGGCAAUCGAUUCCGCAACACUCUCCACGAUUUUCUCGGCCGCGGGAUCUUCAACUCCGACGGCUCCCUCUGGCGCAUCCAGCGCAAGACGGCCAGCUUCGAGUUCAACACCCGCUCUCUUCGCUCCUUCGUCCAUCGUGCCGUCAACAACGAGAUCUCCAACCGUCUCAUCCCUUUUCUCUGCCGCGCAGCCGAAACCGGCAAAUCCAUAGACCUCCAGGAUGCCCUAGAGCGCUUAGCUUUCGACAACGUCUGCAAAAUCGCCUUCGAUGAGGACCCUGGAUACCUCGAUCCCUUCUGUUUCGAUUCAGGUCUAGCCGCCAGCUUCGCUUCCUCCUUCAGCAACGCUGCAUACCUAAGUGCAGGGAGAUUCCGCUACGCGGUUCCGGGUUUCUGGAAGAUUAAGAAAUUGCUCGACGUUGGGUCUGAGAGACGGCUUCGCGAGUCCGUCGCAACUGUUCACGAUUUCGCGAUGAAGAUCAUACGAUCCAGGAAAAAGACUCUGUAUCUACAAAGCGGUGGAGGAGGAGAUGAUCUCCUCUCGCGGUUCAUCGCUGACGAAGAAAAUAAUUCUGACGAGUUCCUCCGCGACAUCAUCAUCAGCUUCAUCCUCGCCGGCCGCGACACAACCUCUUCAGCACUCACGUGGUUCUUCUGGCUUCUCUCCUCCCACCCGAACGUCGAGCGUCGGAUACUAGCCGAGGUAAAGACCGUCAGUGCAGCCGGCGCCGGAUUUGGCCUGGAUGAGCUGCGGCAAAUGCAUUACUUGCACGCAGCGUUGACGUUGACCGAAGCAAUGAGGCUUUAUCCUCCCGUUCCGUUCAACUCGGCGGUUUGCGGCGCCGACCAGGUGUUGCCGGAUGGAACGGAGAUAAAAAGAGGGUGGUUUAUGUCGUACAACGCGUACGCGAUGGGGAGGAUGGAAGGGAUAUGGGGUAAGGAUUGCAAGGAUUUCAGGCCGGAGAGGUGGCUGGAUGUUGCCAGCGGAGAGUUCAGGCCGGAUAGUCCGUUUAGAUUUCCGGCGUUUCACGGGGGGCCGAGGAUGUGUUUGGGGAAGGAGAUGGCUUACAUACAGAUGAAGUCGAUCGCAGCUUGCGUGAUCGAGCGGUUUGAGGUACAAGUUCUUGUUGAAAAGGACAUGUGUCCGGACAUCUUAACGUUAAAAAUGAGAGGCGGGCUGCCGGUGCGCGUCAGUGGACGCGGUACGGCGAAGGUGGGCCGCCUCAAUGCUGAUAGUGGAGAAAAUAUUAAGGGUGGAUGUGUGCAUAAAAUAAGUGUGGAUUAGAUGUAGGAAUUUGAUGAAGAUUUAUAGUAUUCGGAUAUAAUAUCACCAC